AUGGGAACGGGACUGUCGCAGCAACCAACACCCUCGUCGAAGCUCGCCUCAGCGCCUUCAUCUUCUAGCGCUCCUGCGGAUGUGUGGAAGUCGAGCAUGAGGGAUGAGGUACUGAGCGGGAAGUCACUGCGGCAGAGUUCGCCGGAAACCUCCGCAGCCGUGCCGCGGGAACACCUGUACAACAUCGUGGAAGAAGAUAUUGAUAUGGACUACGCAGGUGAAGAGAGCGUGCAGGCCUGUCAGGGCAGCGGUAGCGGCAGCGGCACAACACACCCGCAGCACCGCUAUCCCGUAAUGAUGCCGGGAACCGGCUUAGCCAGGAUCGCUGUACCGCCGAUACCCGUGAUGAGCGCCAUCGCCGCACCAGCCAGCCCAGUGAGCGCCUGCAGCUCCAUCGCCACCGACACACCACGGUCUAUCUUGAGACAAUCAGGCGCCGGAGGCGGCAAGACACCGCGGUCGAACAGCCGCCGAAUUAGCUUCGUGGGAGUCUCGCCACCCCGCCCGGACGAGGACCGCUGUCGUCGCGAUGGCGAUGAAGAAAGCGGAGACGACAGUGACGACUACGAGUCAGGGGAGCCGUCGCUGCGCUAUGACAUAACGCUGGCGAUGUCUUCCACCUCGACCCCACCGCGGCACUCUCAGAAGGUGCACAGCCAUGAACAUGGCAGGGGUGACAGCAACCAGGCGUCGAGCCCGGUGCCAGCGCCGCAGCAACGGCAAAAGCGGGCCUCCCCGUCACUUUCACCCGAGCGUCCGCGUCUGUCCAGCCGCUCCCCGACUCACUCCCCGCCGCGCGACAGCGGAAGUGGAUACACGAUUUCGGCCGGGGCUCCAUUAUCGACUGCGGUGACAGCCCCCUCCGCGCCUCCCCCGCCGGAGGAAGAGGGGGACGUGAUUACGCUUGACGUGGCGCCGCAGCACUGCGCUCCUGACGAGCAGCAUCUCUUGAAAAGUUCCAAACUAGGCGCCGAUCAGCGUCGUCCGCAAAGCCCUUCGAUGGCGACCAACGGACGCGAUGAAGACGUGCUGACCCAGCCGCAUAAUCGCAGUGAAGCAAGCGGUGGCAGCCACGGCGCCGUGGUCGUGCGUCGCCUGCCUCCGCGACAGCGCUGGCCGUCAGAGGCAUACCAAGAUGAGCCCCCAACAGAGGUGAGCAAGACGCAGCGAGCGCGUCGAUCCCGGCGUGAGGGAGUCGACCCAGAGGCCGACAUGGGCAGCAGCAGUAGCCGCUGCAGCAGCGACACGGAUUCGAACUGCACUGGCAGCGACGACUCCUUGUCAGUACGCUACGCUUCACCCCUGAAGGCGCAUCAAGAGGAGCACCGAAGGUCGAGCUACCAGCCGACCUCAUCAUCGCCGACCGGUCACCCCCCGCCGCAUCCACGUAGCACAAGCGCGAACAAGGAUCGCGAUGGCACUAGCAGCGAAAGCAGUCCAGAAAGGUCUUUGACGCCGCUGUCACCUCCGUCGCUGACACAGCGAGACGACACAAACGGGCCGAUCCGCAGCAGCAGCGGCCACGAUCACCAUCAUAGACACUCUUCCAGAGGAGCAGAGGCUGGGGCAGUCUUACCGGCACCGCACAACCGCGGUCGCAGCAUGCGGCUGGGUGUGGAAGGGCGAGGUCCGUACACCCACGCGGGCGCCGCUGCCGCCCAUCCACGCAGAGAAGCGAGCUACUCUCCCUCGACCAUUACAGACCACAGCUCCGGCCAGAGCGUGGCAGACGACUUGUCUAGCUCCGUGUCCGCGGCGGCCGUGCAGGAAGCGAGACGGGCACCGAAGAACCACCAGCAGCAGCAUGAAGUGGUACCGCCAGCUCUAUCAGCUCCGACGGCAGCCGCACCACGGAGGCGAUCCAAGGAUAGGAAGGUCGAAAAAGCCGUGGUUGCGGAAGAGCUGCAGGUGUACGUGGAUCCGCUCUUGCUCGAGCGUCGUCACCGCCACGAACUCGCGCGGCAAGAGUCGCCGUCGCAUGUAAGGCGGCACUCACCGAGCGCCGGUGGAAUGAGGGACAGCCCCUACGCCGGAAAGCCGCAGCCGCACCGGCGGCACUCGAGGCUUCACGCGCCCCGCAGGAGCCCAGGGUCUAGAACUGCGGCGCAGCAGCAGCCAGCCACCUUCGAGACAGUGAGCUUGCGGGACAUAAUGAUGCGCCACGACUCGCCGGAGAUCAAAUCGCGACGUGACACGCUAUCCAACCAGUCCACUGCUGGGGCGAUACUGCGGCUUCCUUCUGACGUGCGGCAGCUUCAGCCCCAGCACAGCGGCGAUGGCAACGAUGAUGAUACAACUCACGCCCUUACACCCGGUGCGGCAGCCUUGGCAGCGUCUGUUGCGUCCUCUUCGCUCCUCUCUAGUGGUGGCGUGCCGGCCGAUGAGCUUUUCUGGGACGAGCCGACGCCAAACUCCCGCACUGGCAGCUGUUCACCGCCCCCUAUUUCCCCAAGAUCCUCUUCGACGCUGGCACCCAACACUCCCGACAGACACAGAGUGCUUCGCAAGAAGCUCGUUGUCGUCGUGCGCCGAAAGAAGAAUGGCUCAGCGCCGUCAGAGAACGAUCCUGUGGUACAGAUGUCGCUGCUGCCCUUCGAGGAGGGAGCUGCAGCUCUACUGAAGGCGAACGCCUCGCUUCAAGGGUCACCGCAGCAGCGACGCACGCGCAGCUCCGGCACCUGUGCCGCGGCAACAGCUCCGGCUCUGGAGAAGCUGAUCAACAAAGUGGAGCGAGGCGGGAGUGCCUCCGUGUCUUCCCAUUGCCCCAGCCGCGUAUCUGAACGUCAAGACCAGAGGUCGCGUGAAAUUUCGCAGAGGCGCGACGGAGACGACGACCACGCCGGUGAAAACGAGAUCAGCGUGGAAGACCGUAGGCGGUUCCGGCAUGCGCUGUCAGUGCUGUCAUCUCGAAGUGUCAGCCCGCGCGCGUCUGUCUCACCAUCGACGACGUCGAAGGCGGGGCGGUCUCAAAGAAGUCGCACACGCUCACCGGACUCGCAAAACAAUGCCUCCAACGAUUGUGCACGGCCACGUCGCCUCAGCGGCAGCGCUGGCGAGGAGUCCGUAUUGCACACUGGUGAUGCUGCGCUGAGAAGGAGCAGUGGUCGCAGGCAAAGGUCUCACGUGGCCGCGGCGAGCAUAGGCGUGACAUUGCCGCCCCAGCGUCGAUCUGCCCGCGGCGGCUCACGUCACUCCAACGAGAAGUCGGCGCGUAGGUCCGACGGUGGGCAUCGCCACAAGUCGCGGCGGAGACACAGUCGGGAGAGCAUAGCGCGCGGCACAGGUGAGCACCGCGGACAUUCUCUUUCAGGCGCAUUGAUGCCUGGCGCACCGUAUUGUGCGACGCAGAACGACGAGUUCUACGCCGCCGCGGACAUGGCGAAGGAUGUGACGGCGCUCGCUCCAUCAUUUUUGCAGGAGCGCAUUGGCAUCACACCGAUGUCAAUGCCGCUGCUUCCGCGGCUAGUGCUGCGAGCGGAACUUGGUGCGCUGCCGCAAAGGCCGCACACCCAUCACUCGCACAGCAACAUCGACGCAGCCCAGCACACCAACGGUUCGUGGUCCGCCUCCGAUGACGAGGAUGAGCGUACGAUAGGCCGAAUCACCGAUAGCGCGAGUGGUGGGCGUCGUUCGCGUCCCCUGAUGCUGCAGGUCAGCAGUGGCACGCAAACGGAUCGGGCGACAGGAGCCAACCUUGCUCUUGGUAGCGCUCGCAGUGGGAUGCCUCUCUUGGCGGCGACGCCAGUGCAGCGGCCUGCCGCCAUUGAGCCGAUUGGAGGCACGCGCGACUCAGCUCACACCGGCAAACCCGUUGACACGUCCGUGCCCACAGUCGCCGCUGGUGUAGCGCUCUCCUCACUCGCAUCAGCGUACGAUACAGCUGGGGAGGCCGUGUUCAACGAAGAGAUGAUGUUAGCUGUCGAAGAGCGCGCAGCGUACUCGCCGCUCGUCGAGGACGCCUCCGGUACGGAGUCGCCGGCAUCGUAUGUAAAGCGGGCGGCGCCACUGGCAGCGGCCGCAAAGCUCUUCACCGACUCCAACUCGCGUAUUCUCAGCGGCAGUGGCAACGGCACUGCUGUAGGAGGAGGUGAGGCUGCGGUCUUUGGCGGCGAUGUCGGGGCAUCAAGGGCAGCGGCCGCUGCCCCGCCGCCAGCGCACGUAGCCGCGACCAGCUCUACCUCGGUCACCCAGGACCUCGGCACCGCAGCACCUGCAAUGAUGGAUGCCACCGCCCGUGUCCCGCUCUUUGUUCCGCCGCUAACUGUCGACAACGUGUCACAGUUAUCUCACGACUGGCAGUCCACGCUGCGUGAGCGCUCGAGCAAGGCGAAGCGGAGUGCGAUGGAGAACUUUCUGAUUGCGUCGGCCGAGGCUGGUGCAGCGGCAACGGCAGCUGCUGUUGGUACUGAGGCUACCUCCGAGUGGCAGCGACGAGCCAGUCCAGCACAGGCACACCAAGGUCUCGCGGUCGACGAGUUUUACGGGCGUUCUGUCGCCUCAGCUGCCAUUGCCAAUGUAUCGCACUCCGCGCACGCCCUCCUGCCACGAUCUGGACCGCAGUCUUUCUCGGAAAUCGAGCGCGACGUGCGGCAACGCAGCGGCAGCCCACGAUCGGCGGCGCAGCGGGAGUCUGACCAGCAGCAGGCAAAGAGGUCUUCCCCGUUCUCAGCACCCUCGGAAAACAAGUCCGUGCCGGGAAAAUCUGAAACGCCAGCAGGCAAUUUUUCGAAGAGCUAUGCAGCCUCCAUGAGCAGAGACGGCGUAGAAGAACGUUCUACAUCGGCAAGCAAACACAGUCGCCGUGCCUCGCCGGAGCGUCGCGCCAACAGCAAAGGCGACCAGCUCACAGACCUCAUUGAUGGGGAAACUCCGUCGGCAGUGGCAGUCGACUCACCACGCAAGAGCAGCAGCAGCAGCAGCAGCGCUGAAACGAUCAACAUGGCUGGCAACGUCACUGGCGUGGCGGGGGUUUCUCCACAGCCUCUGUCGACGGAGUCUCUCUCCGCGCCUCCCACACUUGGCGAAGCGAAGCACAAGGCCCGAAAGGGUGGCCAUACGAGGAGCAGCAGCAGCAGCAGCCGAUCUCGUUCUGCAGGAGGGAACGGGACGGCGACCAACUCAGCUGUCGUCACCGCUACCAACGGUGUGGGUACCCGCUCUGCACCGCCGCUGACGCCACCGCCACCGCCUCUCUUCUCCAUCGUUGAGGCUGCCGCGGAGCCACGCGCGUCGCGCUCGGUGGAGAAAGCAGCGGAAAAGCGCCACGGUCAUCAUCAGCGAGACGAGCCUCGCAAACACCUCAGCCGUCACUCGCCCUCGCCAUUUUCCUCGGAAGCAUCGCAGUCGCCGCGCAGCAAGAGACGGAAAACGUCGAAAAAACACCAGAAGACAAAGCACGACGGCGACGAGAAGCAUAAGAAGCGGAAGCAUGGACAUGGGCGUCGUGGUCGUUACAGCCGCAGCUGCACGCGCUCGCUGUCGGGUCACACUUGUGACGUCACCGCCGCUGAAAUGGACAAGGACAGCGACGUGGACAGCAAUCUCACGACAUCGAUGGAGUUCCAGCUGUCUCGCCUGCUGCUGCUGCGCGAGGCGGCAGUGCUCACAAAGCAGCCUCCCUCUUUAGCCGUUGACGCGUCACGGCGAAGCACGCGCAAGAAGGACAAGACAGCAAGAAAGGCGGCUGCGGCGAAGGACGAGCACCACCGCCAUCGCAAUCGAAGCUCAAAGGAGAAGAAGCGAAAGAGGUCAUCGAAGAGGUCGGCCAAGCGGCGCAGCAAGUCGCCUGCGGCCGCCACAGGGCUGCGGCUCAGUGACGGCGCUGACAGGAAGAAGGAAAAAGAAUACCACCGUUCAACCUCUCCGCCAAAGCCGGGGCCUCUGCCGCCCCCGCCCCCGCACCAGCGUUCGCGCGCCUUGUAUGGUGAGGAGGCCGCGGCCAGCGCCGCAGCACCGCUUUCGGACGCAGCCUCCCGCUACCGCCGCGGUGCCUCUGACUACAGUCCCCGCGACGACGGCGCCGCCUUCGCAUCGACGCGCCCCUACUUCAGGGACGCCAGCAUCUACAGCGGCGCUCAGGGAGAGGACGCGGAGGUGCCUUGUGUACCUCAUCGCGUCGCAGCCCACACCGGAGCAGACUCGGAAACCCCGUACGAACGCUAUCGUUGGCGCUCUCACACCUCGCCACUGCGCAGCCAACGCCCCUACGCAGCAUCGGCAGCAUCGGGAUGGACAGACACUUUUCCCCCAGCCUACAGACCCGCGUCACGCCCUGCUACCACCGGCGAGGAUCCCUCUUUGUGGCAUCGCAGCUACAGCAACCCAAGCUGCCCCUCGACCCGCUGGACUGACUAUGUCCGAGACGCAGAGCGCGACGCCGCUAGCAGGUCGUCGUCAUCUCCGCACACGCACGCUCAUCUCUCCGGGCCACUUGCCCAGCGACAACGCAGUAGUAACACUGGCACCACUACGGCAGGGAAGCGUGGUCGCGGGAGUGGUGCUGAGGGAGGCUACCCUGGCUCAGAACAACCGGCCUCCGGCACCUACACAAGCCGACGUCGGCAGACGGGUGAGUGUGAGGAUAUCGACGACGCGCCAAUGCGGCAGUACUUCAACGACCAUGACCAAGUCGACGCCGACGAGCUCGGCGGCGGUGUGCAGUACCGCACCACCUCGGCCUUUGAGCGUCCUCACAGUCGGUCAGCCGCCUCCGACCCCGCGCUGACGGCGCGUCCCUGGCUAUCCAACAACUACGAACGGAGCCGUGCCGCUGCGACGAAGAAGCACGUCAACGCGGACGACCUUCUCGUAUCCACUCCGCCGGGCGACGGGGAUGAGGAGUGUGUGCCUGACAACGCCAGCGACCUCAGCCGCGCUCGUCAGUACCAAAGACGAGGCAUGCAGGCACCGCCACCCUCGCCACCCCAAGCCUCAACAUCACCGUCAUCGGCGCAGACAAACACGGUGUUUGCUGCCAUCCCGCGUUCCGGUGCGCUUCCCAUCCUGACAGAGCACACCGUAACGGACGCACAGACGGCGGAGGACUUUGUGCAAGGGGUAAGAGAAAUCAUCAGCGCACUGCAGCAGUACAGGAACUCGGUGUGA